UUAUUAUUAUUAUUAUUAUUAUCAUCAUUUUUAUUAUUAUUGUGGUUGAUGUUCUUAUUAUGAUUGCUGAUUAUAGGCCUACGGUCGGCACAGAUAGGCCGAGGCACCUCCGAAAAGUGUGAAACUACAUUCUAGGCAACUUUGACCGUAAUUCAAGCUAGCAAUGUGCAAGACAAAUAUUUCAUACAGAUACCAGUGGCAUAGAGUAGGCCGGAUGAUUUAGCUAAGUAGGCUAUAGCCUAUUGGUAGCCUAGUUCGAAGUGGUCUGUAGCAUUAAGUGGCCAACCUAAAGUUCAACAAAGUUCACGUUGUUUUCUGUCUAAAGUGAGGCCGUGCUUCUCUGCCAGAUCAGUGAGACGACUGAACUGGUUGUUUCCGUGAUUGGAUACAUUCUAAUUCGUGGUUUUCAGGGCCUGGGCGGGGCAAGCAACGCAGAAGACAGCGGUGGCUUUUUCACACUACUCCCCGUUGACGGCUGGGAAAGUAACUAACCCGAGUAGAAACUGGUUUUGCGGGGCAUAGACGAAACUUCGUUCCUUAUGAGAUGCCGUUCCAAUACAAUAAUACAGUCUUGGUGUAGGGUAGGUCUACCAUCAUGUAUUCAUAACAGCAAAUCACAUGCCGGGUGAGGUGUGAGAAAUAGUCUAUAGUCGUCUCAACCGCUGAUCAUGGCUCACAGAUCCCAGUGCUCAUCUGCAGGGGAUAACCCCCUGGAUCCAAACUACCUACCCCCUCAUUAUCGUGAGGAAUACCGUCUGGCUAUUGAUGCGCUUGUGGAACGCGACCUGGAUGGCUACCAUGAGUUCCUACAGUCGUCGGACGUUGUGGAUUUCCUCUCCAAGCUUGAGAUUGAGCACAUUCAAAGUACUGUACAGGGUCCUCGUCACAUGGAUAAACCUGAUGCCGCCUCUCAGGGUGACGAGGGAUCAGAAGGCUCCUCGGAUACGUACUGGCCUAUGCAGUCGGACUUGGAGGCUCCCAGCCUGGACCUGGGGUGGCCCCAGCAGCUCCAGUUCGUGGGCCCAACAGAGUUUGCCACAUUUGUGAACCCACCGGACCCAGCCAUGCCGAGCAUUAAGACACAGGCCCGCAGGCUUAUCAAAGAUGCACAACUAGUUAUUGCGGUGGCUAUGGACAUUUUCACAGAUGUUGAUAUUUUUGCGGAUCUCUUGGAGGCAGCUAUGCGCAAUGUGGCUGUUUACAUUUUGCUGGAUGACCAAAAUGCCCAUCACUUUACAGACAUGGUGGCACACUGCAGAGUUGAUCUGAAUCAAAUCAAAUUCAUGCGUGUUAGAACAGUGUCUGGCAUCAACUACUAUUGCCGCACAGGGAAGUUAAUCAAAGGACAGAUGAUGGAGCGUUUCAUGCUAAUUGACAGCAGGGCUGUUCUAGGUGGCAACUACAGUUUUAUGUGGUCAUUUGAGAAGCUCCACCGUUGUUUAGCCCAUCUAUUCCUGGGCCAGCUUGUGGUCACCUUUGAUGAAGAAUUCCGGAUUCUAUAUGCCCAGUCUGAGCCACUUGUAGUUGAGAGUGCUGUUGUCCCCGUACAGAAAUAUAGCUCUAGGUCUGACCUACAAAAAACACACCAGGUGUAUCCCAGGAAACCCAAGGAAUAUUUACCUGAGGUGGGCAUGUACAAUGCAGAAUGGGCUGGACACCUUUAUGAAGGCCAUAUGGAUCCUAAAUUGUUUCCUUUAAGGAGGGAGGAUUUUGCCCAGAUGUUACCACCACAGGCUAAUUUGCACCCUUCUCAGCAAUACUUGACUAACAGGCCAGAUACUUCUGGAAUGGACAUCUUAAGAAGGUCAAGCUAUGGGGAAGGGACCCCUGGUGGCUACUAUCAGCAGUACUUGAUGCACAGGGAGAGGCAGAAUGUUGAUGCCAUGGAGACGCAGAGCACCCACUCACACAGGGACCAGUAUCACUUUGAGAGAACCAGCCGAGAGCCCAUUUAUGAUCCCUACGACAAAUUUAAGACCCAGCGAUAUCAGCACUCAGACCAGUAUUCGGAGCCAGGAGGCCCACCUUCAAUAGAUCAAGUAGACAAUUAUGACCAUGUACUUAAAUUCUUAGAGUCCAAUCCUCCUGUGGAGAUGGGGCAGGGAUCUGGGAAUUUGAUGGUGCCAGAAGGUCCUUACUCUCAGUCAAGGCGACGGAUGCAGUGUUUGGGUCAGCCACAUGCCGCCCAGAGCUCCCCAACACCGCUUAGCCCACGCGAACAGAAAAGAUUCAACAUGGAGCCCACUGCGGAACGCAAGCCCCGAGAUGCUGUUGCGAAGAAGGGCAUGCGAGAGUGGAGGAUCCAUUCAUAUCUGAGUGGUUACGAUGAUGCAUCUUCAGAGGACACUGGGCCAUUUCAGGGAUCAGACGCAGGAGAUGAUUCCCCUUUCUCUUCACAGGAACAGCUGUGUGAUCUGGACCCAUUAGUCCCUAGAAUAGGCCAAAGAGAGUUGAAGCUGCCGUCAGCUGUCCUCUCUUCACACCAUAAGAAACCUUUUCAGCCGGGUGAUAUGAAAAAUCAUCCUUCAAUGCAAACAGACAACAAAGGCAUAUCAGCUGCUACAGAUUCAUCAUAUACCACAGAGAGUGAGAAGGUAGAGGAUGGGACAGACAAGCCACCAGCAGAAAUGAAUGUAACGAAGGAUGAACCAUUCCGUAGGAGACCAAACCCAACUCUUCACAGGGCAUCAAGACUGAGGAACUCACUUCUCUUCAGUUCAAACGUGGAACAGCACAGAUCUCUUUUUAAUUUGGCAAAACCAGCAGAGUCAAAAGAAGAGGAAAGUCCUGAGGUUCUAGAGAAAGGUUUAGAGAAGAAACCUUUGAAAAAGCAAUCCACUAUAGCUAAAGGAGAGGAAUCAAAGCCAGUUGAGCUCCCCUCUAGUCAUCUGCAGCAAACAUCAUCAUUCAUGGUAGAUAUGAAUGACCCUGAUAGUAGGCUACAGUUUUUCAGACAGUUGGCUGCCCAACGCAAAGCUGAAGUAGAGGCCAAGUCUGUCGAAGGCAUCUCAGAGAAACCAUGUAAAGAGCCUGAUAAAACAGUGAGCUGUGCCUCUGAUGGAAGCCACAGUGUUGCAGAGCAGAAGCCAACUUUAAAAGUCUCACAUCAUCCAACAGAUAUGCAUGCAACAACUGAAUCACAAUCCUUCAAAGCAACCAAGUACAAAGUUCCUAUCAAGGAACAAGGUUCAGAUACAAAGUUAGUGGAUACUUUGAGUGUCACAUCAGAGGCUGCCACACCAAGCCAGAUUCAUGACAUACUGCCGCAAAUUGCCACAGAUGCUGAGAAGAUUGAACAGAAGAGGUUACAAGAGCCUGCUGUGGCUAAGUGUACAUCAUCUCCUCACCCUGGCUCAAACAUCUCCAGCUCAGAACCUCAAAAUGUUAUGGAAACUCUCAAGGAAAAGUCACUUGAUUCAGCUCCUGAACCUGGCAAAAGAGAGCUCCCUGUCAUGCCUUCAGCCAUUAUAAGUGAGUCAUCACCAAACCCCAAACCUGUUCUGCCUGUCAUGUGUGGAGAACCAGACGCAGAGAAAACAACAUCAGUUGAAACCAAUGAUUUCUCAAGCACCACCUCAUCUGAAAAGGCUGCAGUGGUGGCUAGUGUGAGGGCAAUGGAAUCCUGUGAAACAGAAGAAGAACUUGUCGGGAAUCGACCAAAACCCACUCCGGCCUCCAAAUUAAGGAACUCACGUCUCUUCAGGUCACGCUUAAAGCACCGGUCUCAGGGGGACGAUGUUUCCUGUGGGCAAAAUAAAACCGAUGAUCAGAAUCAAAGGGGUGAAUUAUCAAAAGUGUCGUCUAUCUUAGCUGUUCCUGGCUCUUUGGACAAGGAGACGAGCAGAUCUGAGCAGCCCAUCACACCUACUAACCCCACAACAGAAUUAGUGAAAACACAAGAUUCUACAAAGGGACAGAGUGACACAGCUUCUGGAAUACAUUUGGAGAAUAUCUCGUUUAAAAGACAGGCUUCGUUUACAAUGGGGGACAAAUCUAACUCACUUCAAUUUCAGUCUAAAGUUCAGCAGACAACCUCAGCCAUGUUAGACUUGUCUGACCCAGAUAGCAGAUUGCGUUUCUUCAGAGAGUUAGCUGCUCAACGCAAAGCUGAGCAGGUAGCAGCGAAGUCUGCGGAGAUCAUCAAAGGACACAUUUCUCAAAAGCCAGACAAGACUGAGGACACCUCUGCAAUUAACGAAAAAGUUUCAGUACUAAAACAAAUCAGCACAGAUUCACUCUCAAAGCCAUUACCUGCAGGAGAAGCAGAAGUGCUGGAUGACGAUGCUAAGACACUUAAAACUCAAAGUGUUCCAGAAAGCCAUGCAGUGAAGGAUUUGUCAGGCAACUCUGCACAAUCUAGCUCCUCCAGUUCUGAGUUUUCUCAAACUGCCACAGACACUGAGAAAAUGGAGCUGAAGAAGAUGCAUGCUGAAGCGCCUGCAAAACUCCAAUGUACCUCCUCAACUAGUUCUGUUCCCACUAAUAUAAGGUUACCCUUAAAAGAUAUUCCCAAAGAAGUAAUCUUGUCCUGUCAAGACCAGACAUCACAAAAGCAGACCUCUGCCUCUGAAAAAGUAGAUUUACCUAAUAAACCAGUUCCAGCAGACUCCACUUUACCUAGUUUACCAAUAAAUGCUGGUCAGUCUGCACACAGCCCUAUCUCGCACCCUGUCAAAUCCAUUUCCACAGCUGAAGACUCCCAAGGGGGCUCUUGCUCAAACCCCAGCAACAAACAAGUAGACUCAGACUCUUCCUCAUGCUCCUCAUCAAUAGAAAUUAGUUCAGGUGCAGAAUGUUUCACAACAGCCCCUAGCUCACCUUGUACUCCGACCCCAACUGAAGUCAGGCCAUUACCAUUGCCUCAAAAAGAGUCUAAAUUUACUGAACCCAUUUUGCCUCCACUAUCUUCCUCCAUCAAAACUAGGUCACCUCAAAGAAGCUCUUCAAAAGAGGAUAGAUCGAAAUUAAAGAAAUGCAAUUCAACAAGACAGGCUUCAUCAACUAAACCUGGUACGUUAUUGAUAUCAUCUCCAGCAAACUCUAGCUCAGCAACUGGAGCUGUUUCAACAGAGCACCACUUAGCUCCAGUCUCUUCCCCUGGUGUUUCAACAGAGCACCACUUAGCUCCAGUCUCUUCCCUGACAAAGUUUCCAGUGGAUUUACAUCUUCACACACCAGUGGAAGUAAAUAAUGCUGCAGGCACUGUCAUAACCAAGGAUAGCCCACCCCUCCAGACAGCAUUAACAAGUCCAGAUGUUAACACUGUUGAUUCUCCAACAAAAACGGACUCCAGCUUGGCUUCACUUUCUUCCCAAACAAAACCUAGUUCAACAGCAAUGGUUUCCCCGACCAGAUCACUACAAGCUGAGGCAGGCAUACCUCCUGCGACUACAGUAACAAGCCCAGUUGCUAGCACUCGUGCAACAACAAAAACUGCAAAAAAACGGAAAAAAAAUUCUACCCCACUAAAAGCUACCCAAGCAGCAAUGGUUCCUCCAACAAAGCUCAGAUCACCUGUUGAUAUCAAAAUAAUAAAGAUAAGUUCUGAUUCAGCGUCUGUCAAAACUGAGGAAGACCAGUCUCCAGUUUCCUCCCCAAAAAAGGUUAAUCCAAUGGCAAAUGUUGCCCCAACAGAAUGCAGUUCAUCCACUGAGACCAAAAUAGCAGAGACAAGCCCAAUUCUUAAUUUGGACCUAUCAGAAGGAACUGUACAUCCACAUUAUUCCCCAACAAAAACAACUCCAGUAGUUGAUGUUUUUACAGAGGGCUCCAGUUCAUCAUAUGAUCCUGAAACAUCAGAGGCAAGUCCUGCUCCAAAUCUGACCCAAAAUGAGGGUUGCUCUUCCCCCAAGGCAAUCUCUACCAGCCCAAAAGAAGCAGUACCCCUAACCGAGUCCAGUUCUCACUUUCCCUCUAAUAUCAACAUUUCAGAGACAAGUCCAUCUGUAAGUCCUGUACAACAGGUGGGGAUCCUAUCCCCCAGGUCAGUCAUGAGUCCAGCAGUUGGCACAUUGGAUAGUCCCACAGAACUUCAUCCCAGUUCACAUCCUAUAUCUUCCCCUACAAGCACUAGCCCAAUGUUAGAAGCUACCCAGACAAAGUUAAGUUCACCCUGUGAUGUCAAAACAUUGGAGUCAAGUCUACUUUCAGAUCUUAAACAAACUGACAGUAGCCUUCCUCCCAUGGCUACCACACCAUCAGCCCCCCUUGCCAAUCAAAUGGCAACAACAUCUAGUGUACCAACAAGUCCAGGCCCCAAAACACCCAACCCUACUGAUCCCCCCCAUGCAGAGGCCCCCUCAUCUCCAGUCAUGACUGUCUCAGGAGAUAGUUCUAAUUCUGAUCUUACUUUUGCAGAGCCAGCUUUGCCUACAGAUGAAUCAAGCAGGUCAUUCACUUCUGCCAACACAACCUCAAGCUUUGAUGAAGCUGUCAAUGGGGGGCAGCUUGAAAGUGAUGCAAAAGCAGUGGAUGGGGACCACCCCACAGCAGACACAGUUAAGUUGUGUGAGGAGUCACCUGUAGAUGAGCUUAGCACCACCACAUAUCUAAAUACUAAAGACACUGUGACCCCACCAAGUUCAGAAGAGCCAAAAGAACAAAAAUCUCCCUCUGCAGAACCGACCAAAAGUCAUCCCAGUCGUUACCAGUCAUCCACUGCCAAUGUGCUGUCUUGCAGUAACCUCAGAGAUGACACCAAAGUUCUUUUGGAGCAGAUAUCAGCCAAUAGUCAAAGCCGAACUGCCAAGCAGAACCUUUCAGUCACAGAUGAUGCUAAAGAAGAUGAAGUAAAGGAACCUCAAGAAGAUAGCAACGAACAUUUAACCAGCAGAUUAAGGUCCUGGAACACUCAUAUGAGCAAGAAGGAACGCGAUAGGUUACUAACUGGUUUGGACAGCAAGAGAAAGGAAAGAAGAGUCUACAGUCGCUUUGAGGCCAUCUAGUUUUGAAUGAUCAUGGGAUAUGGAUGACAAUUCAGGCCUUGGAAUCAGACAUCAUGAAGCCAGGUAGCAUGGACAAUUGAUCAUUAUGGAAGGGAAAGCUUCCUGCAGUCUCAUGAGGAUUUACAGCAUGUUGAUCAAGGAUUCCUGCAUGUCACGCAAGUGUGACAUCCCUGUACCGGGAGUGAUUUGGUUCUCUCAAAGAACUACGUCAGAAUUUGGCUGAAGUAAAAACUGGAGUCCGGAGACCUGUUUUUGUAUUUUUUAACUGAACUGCAGUGUUACAUUUUUAAAUGACUUCCAUAAAAGAUGUUCUUUAUGUUUUGGCUGACUAGCAAAUGAAUAGACGACAAGACCUGAGCACAGUAUCUGAUAAAUCCCAGAAACACUGAAGCAUUGACCUUUAAUUACAGGUUCAGGACCAUGCUUUUUAAUACCUAAUGGCAAUUUUAAUGUCCAUCCUCAUUUGUAUAGAUAGACAAUGAAGGAAUCCGUGACUACCGUUGUGGAUGGUCAUUAUAUUCAUUCAUCUGUGAGGGAAUGAUGUCAUUGCUGCAUGUUUCACCAGCCAAACAUCAGUACCUUACUCCAUUGUUUCAGCAGGUCUCAGUCUUUACAUGAAAGUAUAGUUGUAAACUGAGGUGAAUUUGCAGCAAGAGUAUCCACUUGUAGCUACCUUAACGAACAAAGCACCAAUUGUGUUUCGCGAGUACUAUCAGAAUUAAAUCAAAUGUUAAGCGUCUCAAUAUCUUACCUGAGCCUUUAUAGGAAACCCCUAUUAUUUAUCUUCUGUUACUUCAUUUUUGACAUCAAGAUCAACAAAACAAUCAGCGAUGAAUAAUCAUAGUUAUGUACACAACUACACAAUGAUGUCCGAGCUGCAAUGUGCACAAGCUUUUCUACUUUUAUUUUUAUUUUCUAUUUCUGAAUCACAUCUCAUCCUGCUUUGGUCUUGAUAACUAUCUACUACAGCUGAUUUAAAUGCAUAUUUGUUUAAUUCCAUAUGUAUAUAUAAAAGGGAUGGGAUAGAUGGGGUGGAUACUAUAUGGAUACUAGAUACUAUAUUCAGUAAUAAAAAAAGAUUACCUUUAAGGAAUUAA